CAAGUUCGUUUCCAUAAACCCGGACCUCCAAUCACUUCGGAUCGAAUCGAAAGCGACAGUAGCAAUGGCCUUCAGUAAAGCAGAGUAUCAGAAGGAGGAGUUUACGGCGGGCAUGCCGCCAGUGCCAGAGGGCGAGUUCUGUGUUUUCGGCAUAGUACACGCGCACCCCGAGCAUGCAGAUGCUCUUGAAGCAGUCUAUGCGGAAACAACACGUCUUGCUGCUUCAGAGCCCGGCAUCAUCUACUACUGCAUAUCUCGGGACUGCGAUGAUCCUACAAUGUUCCACUUUUUCGAGCGCUACACUGGCCGCCUUGCAUUCGAGGAGCACAAUGCACAGCCGAUCAUCCGGAAGUUGAUCCAAGAUAAACUGUUCAAGGGAGUCAAGGCAAAGUUCGUGGAGGCGAUCAAGCCAGCAAGCUCGUAGUGCCAAUAGAAGAAGUUGCCACCAAGCAACUGCCCAGCCCGACAAGUGAAGUCCAGAACUAGGAUUGUCCUAGGAAAGUCAAUGUCAAGUUGCUGCUGUUCAACGGCACCAACCCUCCUGGUAUAAGCAAAAUUAGCAUUAGAAACAGGAAGUAGCCGAAGUUGAGGAUAGACGCAUCUUCCAGGGUGUACUGCUGUGCAUCUAUGUAUAGGUUCUGUCAC